AGAUCCGGUUCGACGAGGUGCCGGUGCCGGCGUUGUAGCAGUUGGUCUGCUGCGCAAGACAUCCUCCACUCUGGUAGUAGGUGUUGUUCAUCUGCGUGAUCGUGGAGCGCGAGGCCAGUGCUCCGUAGCCAGGUGCAUUGGCAGCGAAGGACACAUAUGCGAGGUUCUGGAUGAGCGGGUCGAUCCAUCCGCUGUCCGAGCGGAUAAGUCAUCGCAAACACAUGCAGGAAGAACGCACUUGUUGAUCAUGAGCGCGCUGACGACGAUGGGAAUGCCAGUGACGGUGCCAGCGGAGAUUGCUGCGUUCUGCGAGUUGAAGUACGAGACGAACGCGGGGCCGUAGUGUCCGCCAUAGGACUCAGUUGCGAAGAUGAACCUGGGGAAGUCAGCAGAUACCCUCCGCUAUACGCAAGAACAACGCACUCCCGACUCGCGUACUUCGAGAACUGUCCGCUCUCGAAGAGGAUCUGGAAAGUUUGCCAGAACUGUUCUGCUGCAGUCUUGCGGUGCGUGAGAGGGGACAGAGAGCAGCAUGAGGUCAGGACACACCUGGGUCGAAACCACCGUGUCCGUGCCGUGCGAAAAGCCAGUGCCGAUCGGCUGGUCAAUGUAGAUCACUGCGUGGCGUCUGUACGGGUUCACUGUCGUGCUGCGUCCGUUCGAGUUGGCCGUGCACGGGCCGUUCUCUUGGAACAAGCCCUUGGUACAUGUCAGCAUCUACCCGGCAAAAUAGGACAGAGCGCACGCACGAUCUCAGACGCACAUCCAGGACCGCCGUUGAUCCUGCACCCUACAAGUCAGCGUUCUAUCUCAAGCCCUGCCAUCAAUGACCACGCACCACAGCGUGAAAGGCGCCGUCGCGGGUGCGGUACGCGCCUCAAAGAACCAGAACCACUAUCAAGAAGCAUCACCAUCAGCCCCAGCCCCAUCCCUCCGCGCGAAAGCAACAGAUACGCACCACCGACAUGCCCGUCCCAAUAUCGACAUACCCCGAAAUCUGGUUCACGCCGGGCGUCGUCUCGCAGAUGCCCGAGUUGUUCACCACGCGCAGCGUCACCUCGGGGUUGAUCUUCGACACGAACUUGUGCUUCAGCGGGGCGGCGGGGUUCGCCGUCGCGACGACCGACGUGGCGAGGGCCAGCAGCAGCGGGGGGAGCAGGGCGAUCAUCUUCAUCUUGCAGACGGCGACGAGUCGACGCGCCGCGCUUUUCUAACAGGUGGGGCAGGGGGGCACCGCGUGGGUCACGGAGAUUCGCACGGCGGAACAUGGUCGAUUGAGGAAGAUAGCAUGUUUGGGACUUCGGGGACCAUGCGCGGGGGCCUGCUGGUGGCCUGGCGACCACAAGGGUGAGCACAUGGUGGCUCGGUCUUCUUUGGCGCUUGAUUAUCUCCGGAUAUCGCUGGGCCAGGGUCGUUCGGACAGCGUGCAUUGGUGGGCCGCUGCGGAAUGGUGUGGACUCGGACUUCGUGGUUCAUCCAGACGCCAGGCGGAUCGAAAAACUCGACGGAGGAAAUGAUGCGGAUUUGGGGCUUGUGAUUGCGGAUCAGAUGGCACACUUGUAUCCAGAUUGUCAUGAUUAAAGUCGAGAUUUAUCCAAGGCCUCGGCACUUUUAAGUGUCCCCGAGGCUCGAUAUUGAUAAUGCGCGGACCGCAGACCUGUCGCGGUCCAUCGAUCUUGAUUCUUUGAGCAUCAACAAUCAAUGAGGAGGGAAUACAAGACAAGGUUGUGAACAUGGGCCUUAUGUGUGCUGUGAUUCUUUACGAACAGAGCUGACCAUGCCCCACUCGAUGAGGUUUAUAUCCAGUUUCUGUUC